UGUACCGUGCCGGGGCCGCUCCCGGAUGUUCGCUCGGGACCCCGCCCAGCUCGAAUGGUGCUUCCUGAUGUUGCUCCCCUGAGGCGGGCCCGUGCCCGCGUUCCUGCCGCGGCAUGAAGAGGAUCUUCGGGUUCGGGAGGAAGAAGAGGCAGCAGCCUCUCGGCAGCGCCUCAACGCCCCCUGCCGCCGGUGCGUACGAUCUCCGGAAGAAGGACUUGGGCAAGCUGCACCGCGCGGCCGCCUGCGGCGACCUGGCCCAGGUGCGGCAGGGGCUGAAGAAGCAUGGCGUCGACGGGCGGGACAAGGCGGAGCGGACACCUCUGCAUCUUGCUUGCGCAAAUGGCCAUGCGGAUGUCGUCACAUACCUCAUAGAAAACAAGUGUAAGCUAAAUCUUUUUGACAAUGAUAACAGAUCGCCACUGAUGAAGGCAGUACAGUGCCAGCAAGAAAAGUGUGUGGCUAUUCUGCUAGAGCAUGGUGCUGACCCAAAUCUGGCAGAUGCAGAUGGGAAUACUGCCCUUCAUCUUGCUGUUAUAUCUCCUAAUACGUCUAUAUCAGGGCUAUUACUUGAGCAUAAUGCCAAUAUUGAUGCCCAGAAUAAGGAGGGAUGUACCCCGCUUAUUCUUGCUGUCUCGGAACAUCAGGAAGAGAUAGUGGAAUUUCUUCUUAAAAAAGGAGCUGAUGUGCAUGCUCGAGAUCAGUGUGGAAGAACUCCACUUAUGACCGCUGCUUCUGGUGGGGAGCUUAAUUUGAUAAAAGUUCUUCUUCAUUAUGGUGCUGAUCUUUCCCAUAAAGACACUCAUGGGUGGACAGCUGAGGAUUAUGCUGUUAUCCAUGGAUAUUCUAGUCUUAGUAAACUGUCAGAAUGCACACACUGGAAAAACACGGGAGAAGCUUCUGCAAGUGACGCACGUAGCACUCGGCGCCAGGCAGGAGCUUGUGACUUUACGUUGGGUGCAUCUGCUAUGGACAGAGGAGGAAUGCCCCAAUCUCCUAACCAGGCAUCAAGAAUGGGAAAAUCAAAGAAAGCAAUGGACGUGUUUUCCCAAGGAGACUCAAUAAGAAGCUGUGAGGUGGGGAGUGAUGACAGUUGGCAUACUUCCGAGGAGGAGGAACUCGAUUUUACCCCCAAGAAGGUGCAGAAGCCAAACUUGGUACAGUUAAUGAAGGCUUCCCAGCAGUACAGGAAAAACAAUGGUGAUAGUUCUAGAAUUUAAAAUCUUAAGUCGCCAAAGAAAUGCCUCAAAGAAAGAGCCCUGUCAGGUGCAAAUGCAAGCAAAGGAAAAUGUGGACAAUUAUUAAUUCCAGAUGCGAAAAGCCUGGAGGAGGAACUAGAGGAGGAAGAGGAACAUGAUGAAAAAGAUAAUGGAGAUGAUGAUGAGGAUUAUGAGGAGGAAGAGGAAGAAGAGGAUGAAGAUCUUACUCAAGACAAAAAGGAGGAGGAAGAUCUUGAAGAAACUCAUUCUAAUGGCAUAGUGAAGGAGGAGCAGGGUGAGAAAAAAGAGCCUAAAGGGGAAAUUAAUCAGAAACUGGAGUACAUUAGUAGUGCCAAGUAUGAAGGGAAAGCUUGGUGUGGAGCUGGAAAUGUCUGUGAUAAUGCUGUAAGUAAAAAACUUGAGGAAAAGGUGGAGGAAUCUGUUGAUACUGCUGUAUCUUUUAUAGAUGGAUGUUAUGAAUGGUCGCAAGAAAAUAUAACUGCCAUGUCUCCAAAGAUAAUGAAUAAUGAAGUAUCUUGCAAGUCAGUACCAAAACAAGCUGUCUUUCAAAAUCUAAAUAAUUUGCAAGAUACACAAGAAGGGGGGAACAAGAAAAGCAUGAUCCAUAAGAAGUUUCACAGAAAUGCUGACUCCUGUUUUGUAGGCUCUGAAACGACAAACUGGAAAAAGGAGAUACCUCAGCCUCCCUCAGGUAGCUCUGGUCUUAAGGAGAAAAAGUCAAGCUUUGGUGAUGGUGAUGGCUUUGAAAAUGAUGAUAAUUCUUGGUUAGCAGCAAAAAACCCAGGACUUGGAAGUCAAAGACCAAACUCUGUUCUUGAAUGUGUGAAUGAUGAAGAUACUGAAGAACAGCAAUGUGAAAAAGUAGAUGGUGAAGUCUGUGAAGCACUGAAACAAGACAGUGAAAACUUGUGCUUAAACAAGUGUGAAGAAAAUUUAAAAGCAUCUUACUCGAGCACCGAAGAGAAAUCGUCUGAGUGGGAUGACGAGGAGGAGCAGGAGAAGCAAGAUGUUGGUGAAAAGCUACAAACCGCAGUUGUUGAGGGUGCCGUGACAGCAGCGGAAGCAGAGGAAGAUGAUGACUCUCCCUGGGAUUCUGAGAUUAUAGAGACAGAUUCUGAAAGUCUGAGAAAAGCAUCAUGUGUUGUGGUGUUCCCAGCUGCAGACAGACAUGGAGCAUGCUCUCAGGUUCCUUCUUCAGGGGACCACAAUGGCUUUUCAGAGAAACCCAGCAAUUCCCAGUUAAAGACUCCCGAAGCUGUUUCAGAAAUAAAUAAACCCUCUCCUAAAAAUAGGCAGGAGAAAUCAGAUCUGUUGGAGGAAUUUGGUUUAGGAAAUGCAGAGAAUAUUGAAGGUAACUGUUCAGGAUCUACCUGUCACAUGUCAUCAUCAGCUACAAAAGAAGACAUCAAGGAUACCACUGAAAACUAUGGGGUACAGGAUAAAUAUAUUUUAGAAACUACCAACUUGAUACAAAAAGCAGCACAUGAAAAUCAGACUGACAGAGCAGAAAUUUCACACCAUGAUGAAAAGUCACAUAGUGCUGACAAGCAGUUAAGUCAGAAAACUUGGGAAGAAAGAUAUGAAAAACUGUGGGUUGAAAAUGAAAAAAGGGCAUUGAAAACAAGUUUUAAAAACAUUACAGCAGAGCUGAAGCAACUGUUUGGUGAAAUUAAUGAAACUGGAAAAACUACUUCCCUUGUGGAAGAAGUGUCAGAAGAUGGCUUCAGUGAAGAAUCAAAGAGUUCUGUUGUUUCAUCUCCUGCGACAGAAUCAAGUAGUAAGCUAGAAAGUAAAGGUGAUUUUGGAGAUAUUAAACCUAUGUCAGGUGGAAAAGUACCCAAAAUGGAAAUUGUAAUUCGAAGUCUUGGUGUCCUUCCUGAUCAAAAUGACUUAAAUGCAAAUAUGGAAGAUACGUGGAGUGCAGAUGAAGAAGAUGGCAGAAAUGAUAGAGAUAAUACAAAGGUGCCUGUAGCAACAGGAGAGGAAAAGAAAGUGCCUACAAUAAAAAUGAAAGAGAAGGAAAAUGGAACUAGUAGGAAUGUAGAGGGAGAUCCUGAAUGCUCCCUGAGACAUAGCUUAAAAACAGAUAUUUUGGAUGAUGUUUCUAAUGCUCUUCCUAAAAUAAGACCUGUUUCUACAAGUGAUGAAGAUGCACUUUUUGCAACAGAAAGGAAGCUUGGAAAAGUCUGUGGGUUUAAUGGAGAUCUUCCCAGCGACUGCCUUCUUGGCAAUAAUAAUAUAGGAGAAAGAGAAAUUGAAAGUCCUUUUGCAAAUGCUCAGCAGUCAUGUGGCAUGCUGAAAAGGAAUCUUGAUGAUCAACUAAAACAAGAUAUGCAAAGAUUUAAGAGUAAGAUAGGAAUGCUUCAAAUAGUAUUCCUGGCUUUGGAGAAAGAGAAGGCAGAGCUGCAAAAAGAGGUUGAGAAAGACAAAAGCAAAGAAAGAUGUUUAAAAAUGCAGGUGAUGGCAAAACAAGAUGACCCUGAUAAAUUAAAUACGCCACCAAGCAACACUGAUGAUCAGCAAAGGAAACAGAAGCUUACUCUAAGGAAGAAUGAGUGUUUGAAAAUGGAGAAUGAAAGCGCUAUAGAAGAAAAGGACAAAAAGAAUUUUUCACCUGAGAAGAGGUCAAAACUGAUUAAAAUGCCAAUGAAAGGAAAACUUGCUCUGAAUGCGGAAGUUGCAAAGAAAAACAAAAGACGGACUUUGAAGAAGGCAGCUAAUCAGCAGUUGAGCUCUUCCAGUGGGAAUAAUUUUCAAGUACUGGAUGAUAGCCCUUCCAGUGACACAUCUCAAGAUGAAGGAAGACCUGCAGCCAGAACAGGGUUUGAAAAGAACAAGGUCAGCAUACAAAUGGAUGUAGCUGAUGAUCUUGAUAUAACUCUCUCAUCUGACACAACUUCACAGGAUGUUGAAUUGCCAACUUCAGCAUAUGAAGAGGCUAUGUUGCUGUUAAAACAGCUCAGUGUGGAUCCUGUAGGUUCUUCUAUUUUGUUGAAAAUUCAAAACAUACUACUUCAAUAUGAGCAGAAAAUAAAACAUGAGAAAAAUCGGUACAAAGCUGUCUGGAGAGAAGUAAGGAAAUUGGAAAGUGAAGAGUCAAAAUUAAUAGUGGAGGAGACUCAAGAUUUGAAAUCCAUAUUGGCUCACCGAGAAGUGGAAUGGAAAAGUGACAUCCAAAGCCUUAAAUGUACUUUGAAACAAGAAGAGGAAAAGAUGCUCAAAUUAGAGACAUUGCAUGAGAAAACAAGAGAAGAACUCCGAAGGAAAGAAGAUCAAUAUUGUAAAGAGAUGGAGGAAAAACAGCAACUUGAGUUACACUCAAAGAAUUUAGAAAUGGAGGUAAUAACACUGAGAAAGCUCUUGAGACAGGUUGAAGAAGAGCGUGAUGAAACACAGGAACAGCUCUCUUAGGAAAAGAGUGCCAGAGCCCUGCAAGAAGGAAUUUUGAACAACCACCUUUGGAGGCAAAAGGAACUAGAAGAAGAAACAAGAAGAACUAUGAUUAAUUACAUUUCACCUGAGAGAGAAAAGGAUCUGUUGUACAAAAAUCAGUUGCUACAAGACGAGAUUGGUAUGCUAAGACUAGAACUUGAUCAAGUAAGACUUAGGCAGCAGGAGGAAGAAGGAAAAUAUUUAGAGGAAAAUGAAGCCUUGAAAGAAAAAAAUGAGGCUCUCAAAGAGGAACUUAAACUAAAUGAAGAAGCCUUAACACAAACAGUUUUUCCGUACAAUGGACAGUUGAACUUACUAAAGACAGAAUCUGCAGUGCUAUCUUCCAAACUUGAGCAGACAAAAGAAAGCAAAGACACACUAGAGACAGAAAUUGAAUCACUCCGUUCCCGUCUGAACACUGCUGUUCAAGAACUUGAACAUCAUCAGUCGUCAAAAUGUGAUGUUGAACAAACAUUUCAGAGAGAACGUGAUGAAUGGCUUCGCUUGCAAGACAAGCUCCAUCAUGACCUCUCUGAUGUGCGAGAAACCAAUAAGAGAUUGUCUCAGCAGCUGAGUAAAGCUGAAAGCAAAGCUAAUAGUCUAGAAAAUGAGCUUCACCAGUUGAAACAAACACUCAGCGAAAAAACACUGCUUUUGGAAAUGACACAAAAAGAAUUAAGUCAAGCCCAGUGUCAGGCAAAGGAAUGUGAUCAUGCUCGACAGCUUGAGAAAGAUCAAGUAAGCAAACUUACAAUAAAGCAGGAAUCCAUGCAGGAGCGAUUGGUCCAGCUUCAGAGUGAAAACGUUUUACUCCGCCAGCAACUGGAAGAUAUGCAGAACAAGGGGAUCAUCAAAAUGAAAAUGGUGAAUGAUGUGCAGGAUCGGUUUAAUGAUAUUUUCAGUAAACUCAGAGCUGAUACUGAAAAGCAAGUUUGCCUAGUGGAAGAGAGAAACAAGGAAUUAAAUGCCAAGUGUACUGAUUUAACAGAACAAGUCUUUAAAUACGAGACUGAGAAAGCAGAAAGAGAGGGAGUGGUCAGACAGCUGCAGCAGGAGCUUGCCGAUGCUCUUAAAAAGCAAUCUAUGUCAGAAGCUUCACUUGAAGUUACUACACGUUACCGCUGUGACCUGGAGGAGGACAAGCUGCGCUUGCAAAAGGAAUUGGAAAAGGUUAACACCAAGGUUCAUAACCUCUUGGAAGACUUGUUAACUAGCUUACGGACAACACAGGCAGCUACGGGGGAUCACCACCAACAGAUGCAAAAGCAGAAUGUGCUGGAUCUGAUAUCAAAUGACUUACACGGUAUGUGGGAAGAGCAGUUGAAGUUAAGAUUCCACCUUGAAGAGCGUGUUGCUCAGCUUGACAGGGAAAAGGCUGAACUCCUGGAACAGUGUGAGAACGAAAGAAAGAAAGUGAAAAAGCUGGAAGAGUUGCAACACCCAGUCGAACUGAGUCUAUAUCAGGAAACGAAAAGAAACAUUGAACUGCAGAAAGACUGUAAGAGGUUGAAGAGGCUUAUGAGCAGAGCUGUGAAGAAAGUAAGGGUAUAUGAGGAGAGAGAGAUGGAGUCCCAGCUUAAUUGGCAGGGAGAAGUGAAGAAUGGAUAUUCUGAAACGGUCAAUGAACUCGGUAGAUUAAGAGCAACGGUUGGUGACCUUUCCCAGCAGCUGGAGAAAGAGUCUAAAAUAUGCAUGCAGCUCAAAGCGCAAAAUUGCAGUUUGCGGGAAGAGUUGUCCACCAUGCGUGAGAGCCAUGACAAACUGGAGAAGAGCGAAUGCCAGCUGAAAGAAGAGGUGGCUAAGCUCAAACAUCACAUGGACACUAACAUGGUAGAUUGCAGCCAGAUAGAGCAAUACAAAAGAGAGGCAGAGGAACGAGCCGCACAAGAAAUAAGACAAAAACUAGAAGAAGUCAAUCUGAUUUUGCGGAUGCAGGCAGUUUCCCAGGACAGAUUAGAACAAAUCAGAGCCAGUCAUCAUGCUUCUCUGAGAAACCAGCUAAAGCAUAGAAUAAGAGAUCUUGAAUGUGAAUUGGACAGGAUAAAAAAAAAACAACAAGACGGUAUUUUUCAACAAGGAUCCACACUUGUGGAAAUGGAAAGGUACAAAGAGCUGUAUCUGGAGGAAUUAAAAAUCAGAAGACGCCUAGGAAGUAAACUGGAAAGAGCUAAUGAGAGACUAGCAGAAGCCAAAGCUAAGCUCCUUCUGGAGCGCCGCAGAAACAAAUCUUUAUUCACAAGCAGCAUUGUCAGUGGAGGUCUGGCUGAAAGUCCACUUCAGUAUUCAACUGAACUGGGACAUCUUGGCAACAACUUGUCACUGAACAGAACUCUAAGUCUAGGAGGAAGCUUCCUAAGUCCAGCCUGGAACGCAUUGUCAUCAAGAAACAGGGUUGAAGCCUAUGUGGCUCAGAGUCCUUGUGAAAAAAGUAACAGAAUCCUCAGAAGUGCAGUAGUUGCUGAAGGACAUGCAUCUAAGUGGGUAUUUCAUUUAGAACUGCUGGUUUUAUUUUCCUCAGCUGGGUGUAGUGUGUCAUUAACAGUGUUUAAAGCCAUACUGUAUCUUUGAGGAACUGAAAGGAAGGAUUCUUAACAUGUAUCUAAAAAAGGGGGAUUCAACUGGAAAUAAGGCUUUAAGUCAGGAAGUAACUAAAGGGGGAAACUGCAUACAUCCGUCUGCAUACAGUAAUGGGUGCUGAAUGUCAGUCAGUUUCCAAGUGCAAAAUUACCAGAUGCUGUUAUUUCUGCAGGAAUCUUAUACUAUUCUGGAGACAGGAGGUAACAGGAGGAAAGAAUUCAGAAAUGACAGUUUGUCUAUUUUGAAGCGCUUUGCUGGUUGUACUCUGCUUUUGUAAGUGCUUUGCUGCUUAGUACUCUGCCUAUCAGAUUGUUUAAAGAUGGAAGAGUUUCUCUGACUUUAAGGCUUUUCUAUACUUCACUGUUCACUUCAGUUAUGCCUCCAGUUUUUUUCCAGUAACUUGGUUCCCUUCUACCAAAUUUGUCUUGCCUUUGAAUUCAAGCUGAGCAGUGCCUUCUGGCUGGAGCUUACAAAUGCUUAUGCCAGCAAAGCUCAUAAUCACAGGGAGUUAAAGAGCUUAAACUGAAGUGUGUCUCAGGUAGUCAUAGUGCACUUCUUUUUUUCGUCAAAGCUCUCUGCGCAGAUUUGGUGUUUCUCACAGUAGCUUCCUCAAGGUGAGAAAGACUAUCUGAGGUAGAGGACAUGCCGUUCUUAAGAGGAGGAUGUUUAUGUAAAUUUAGUUUGUGCAAAAGCUUUGAAAUAGCUUCUGGGGCAAGGAGGUGAAAACAUUUCACACUGUUACUCAAAAUGCUGGUUAUUAAUUC